AUGACAGAUAGCAAACCUAAACGGGUGCUGGUAGGAUUUGGGGUAGAUGUCGACGCCGUAGCUGGUUGGUUAGGCUCUUAUGGCGGAGAAGAUUCUCCCUUGGAUAUAUCGAGGGGAGUGUUCGCUGGGGAAGUUGGAGUUCCUCGUCUUUUGAAGUUAUUCAAGAAGUAUGAUAUCAAGACAACAUGGUUCAUUCCCGGUCAUAGUCUGGAGACAUUCCCAGAGCAGAUGGCUGCAGUCAGAAAUGCGGGUCAUGAAAUCGGGCUACAUGGUUACUCUCACGAGAACCCAACGGCGUUGUCAGUUCAGCAGCAAUCUGAUAUUCUCGACUACACGUACGACUUGUUGACCGCCUUUAAUGGCGGGGUUCCUCCCAAGGGAAGUGUUGCGCCGUGGUGGGAAACAAGCAAGGAAGGUAUCAAUUUGUUGUUGGAGAAAGGGAUUGAGUACGAUCAUUCCAGCAUGGCACACGAUUGUCAAGCCUACUACAUGCGUGACGAAGAUUUCUGGACAAAGAUCGAUUACAGUCAGACUGCGGCAACGUGGAUGAAACCACUUGUGAGGGGGAAAGAGACCGGUCUGGUUCAAAUUCCCGCGAACUGGUACCUCGAUGAUCUCCCACCCAUGAUGUUCAUCAAAUCUAGUCCAAACUCCCAUGGCUGGGUCAAUCCGAGAGAUCUGGAACAGAUGUGGAAGGACAUGUUCACUUAUUGCUACCGAGAAGAAGAAGAGUUUAUAUUUCCAAUGACGAUACAUCCCGAUGUUAGUGGACGGCCUCAAGUCCUGUUGAUGCUGGAACGGUUCAUUGAUUGGGUGAAUACGCACGAGGGCGUUCAUUGGGUGCCAAUGAUCCAGAUGGCAGAGGAGUUCAAGCAGAAGAAUAAACCCAAGGAGGGGGUCAAGUUGCCGAGAAUUGCUUGA